AUGCCUGGAAAAAGAUCUGGAAAAGGCGUCAAACGGACUAAUACUAGUGAUACAAGUGUUCUAAAUGACUCUGGAAGUAAAAAACCGUCUAGAAAAAAGAGUAAAAAGAAGAAUAAAAGUAAAUCUACUGAAGACAACUCAUGUGUCAACACAGGUGACAGUUCAGGUGACAUUACAAAUGUAAACAAACCACCCAAUACACCUUCUAAUUCUAAAGUUUUAGAUACAAUGAACACAAGUCCCAGUCAACAGACUAACAGUGGGCCAACGUUGGCAAAUGGACGGCCCAGUCAAUUAGAAAAAAAACAUAGCUGUAAAGAGUCUUCGGAUAAGGAGAUAGAUGAUGCAGCUAAAGAUUGGCUUAAGCCUUGA